AUGAAGUUCGGUCGCAAUCUACCUCAAUUCACCGUCCCCGAAUGGAGCGCCCAUUACAUCAAAUACAAGGCCUUGAAAAAACUUAUCAAGUCGGCCGCGGAACAAAUCAAGGCGGGCCAAGAGGCGGAUCUGGCCGGAUGCGCCGUUUCUUCGGCUGGUUCGUUCGGUAUAGGUUUCUUUUACUCUCUCGAUCGAAAUGUUGAGGAUGUCGACUACUUUUACAACAAGAAAUACGCCGAGUACGCCCGCCGCCUGAAACUGCUGGAGGAUCGAUAUGGAUAUUCAAUGGAGGGUAAUCACCCAUUGGAGGCGGAGGAGAGCCAUGAUCUGCGCGAAGCCCUGUUGGACCUGCGCUAUCAUCUGCGCCGCUUACAGUGGUACGGCGAGGUCAAUCGCCGCGGUUUUGUCAAGAUCACCAAGAAGCUUGACAAGAAAGUCGGUGCCCAGGCGCAAAAGCGUUACCUCGAGACCAAGGUGGACCCCGUUCCCUUUGCCUCGAACGCGCGUGCUAUCAAGUCCCAGGAACGUAUCAACUCCUGGAUGGCUAUCAUCACUGACAACUCUAAAACGGAGGAGAAGCUGUUCGAUGAUUCCAGCUCUACCCACUCCUCUCUGUCGCUGAAACGUGGUCCUACACGUCCCUACUUGAACCUGCCCUCUAGCGUGCUGACUGCAGUGGAUGACUCGUUGAGAAAAGAUGAUACGCAUGUUCUUCUGGAGCUACUUGAAACUCUGAAGAAUGCCGCCGAUGAUGCAGGCGAGGGUGUCUUUAUCAAGGUUCUCAAGACCCUCAUCCAACGUGCCAUUCUUCAUCGUGCCAAGGCUAGUCUGACUGCUCUGCUGAGUCGCGUUGACACUCUGGAGGAGGACGAUGACAUUAAUCGCCGUAACUGUCUGCACCGCCUCGUUAUCUCGGUUGGUCGCGAACAGUCAACGAGCGACUCCGAGCCUGCCGCGUCCAUGGUGCUUGACUUCCCUCCCGAGACUUCUCGUUACAUUACUCCUGCUGCGCCGCCGACCUUGCAACCCCCUCGAUCUGUGGUCAAGGAAGAGCACAUGCCCCAGCAGCUUAGUCGUGAUGACUCGGCGGUCACUAUCUUGCAACAUCUCCUUGACAAUUUGCGCCCUGAUCAAAGGGAGUCUUUGAUGACAAAGGAUCUCUCUGGACGUACCCCACUGCACUAUGCCGCCCAAUAUGGCUUCAAGGUGGUUUGUGAAGUCAUCAUUGAGCACCUGCGAGCAUGGGGCAUGUUUGACGUCAGAGAAGGCAUCGAUGGCCCUUUGUGGCAGGACGAGGAUGGUUGGGCGCCCCUUCAUCUGAGUGUGGUUGGUGGCCACCCAAAGACCACCCGCUGCCUUCUGGAUGCUGAGAACUGGAGAGAGACCCACGGGCAUUCCGAUCAGGUCAGGAAGCAGGUCUCCAAGUCAAGCGCCGUUCUUGCUCUUGCAACCAAGGCGAACUUUGUCGACAUUGUGCAGCUACUGGUGGAGGCCGGUAUUGAUAUCAACUACCAGGAUGAACAGGGCGAGACAGCUCUGCAUGUCGCGGCCCGCUUUGGCCAUGACGAAUGUGCGCAAAUUAUCCUGGAAGGCUCCGACUACCAAAAGGCCAAUACCAAUUUACCUGAGAACACUUAUGGCUGGACGCCUCUCUUCAUUGCAUGUGUUGAUGGCCAACUAGGUGUGGCCAAGCUGCUUGUUGACGCUGGAGCGGACCUGGAGCGCUUUGAUUCAUCUGGCUGGACGGCCAAAGAACAUGCGGCGCUACGAGGUCACCUCGAGAUCGCGCGGUGUUUAGCUGAAGUCAGCCCUGGAGUCCCAAUUCCCGAACAGGAGCCUUCGCCCUCGAUUCCCAGCAAUGGCCCUUCCCCGUCGGGCUCUCCGCCCACCCUGUCUUCUCUGACUGAUCGACGGUCCAAUGCCCCCGCGCCUACCUCUGCCGGGAGUCCUGGUUUGCGAAAUACUGAACCUAUUAAGACAUUUGGACAUCGGUAUCUUACCGAUGAGACCAUGAUUCUGGUCAGCCUGGGAACGAUGGACAUGCGAAAGCCCUUGGAGACCGUCAACCUUGAUAGAAUCCCCAUGGAGAAUGCGCACGCGACCCAGCUAGACACAGCGCUGUCUUUGGUGGUUACCGCCAGUGGCGCUCAUGGCGAGCCAGAGGUCAUUGAUCUACCCGUGCAGGACAAUAUUUCCACUGAGCCAAUCGUGUUCCACACGACUGAUGCUAGUAAAGUGCGUUUGCUUUUCGACCUUGUACCUACCUACUCUGGAUCUAAGGAGAAGGUUGUUGGUCGCGGUGUUGCACUACUUUCCUGCAUCAAGCCGACCGUGGGAUCGCAGCGUAUCAACCUCAAGGGAGAUUCCACCGUUCCCAUCGUGGCGGCGAAUACCCUGGACGUGAUCGGAUCGGUGACCUUCAACUUCUUGGUCAUCACCCCUUUCCAGCAUCCCAACAUGUCUAUCAAGGGUAACCAGACCUACUGGCGAUCCAUGAGCUCGACUAUGGUCAUCGGUCACCGCGGUCUUGGUAAGAACAUGGCCAGUCGCAAUUCGCUCCAGCUGGGUGAAAAUACCAUUCAGUCUUUCAUCGCCGCGGCCAACUUGGGCGCAUCCUACGUCGAGUUUGAUGUGCAACUUACCAAGGAUCAUGUCCCUGUCAUUUACCAUGAUUUCUUGGUCAGCGAAACGGGCAUCGACGCCCCAGUACAUACUUUGACAUUGGAUCAAUUCCUGGAGCUCGGCAAGGGAAGACACCGCAAUGCCUUACCCGACAGCGUGGAUGCCAAUAGAGAUUCGAGUAUUCCUCCUCGACAGCGAUCAAUGUCCGUCGGCGGGUCCCUAUACGACCCGGCCGAAUUGACUGAGAAGAUCAAGCAUACUCGUGAUUUCAAAAAGAAGGGUUUCAAGGGAAACACCCGUGGCGAGCAUAUCCAGGCACCUUUCGCGACACUGGAAGAACUUUUCAAAAAGAUCCCCACACCUGUCGGGUUUAACAUUGAACUGAAAUAUCCCAUGCUCCACGAGAGUGAGGAAGAAGAGAUGGACACAUACGCCGUCGAACUGAACUCGUUUGUCGACACCGUCCUCACCAAAGUCUACGACUUGGGCCAGAACCGCGACAUUCUGUUUUCCAGCUUCAACCCCGACAUCUGUCUCAUCUUGUCCUUCAAGCAGCCCUCCAUCCCAGUUCUCUUUCUGACCGAUGCCGGUGCUUCACCUGUCGGUGAUAUCCGAGCCAGCAGUCUGCAAGAGGCCGUUCGAUUCGCAUCACGCUGGAACCUUCUCGGCAUCGUCUCUCAAGCCGAACCUCUAGUGCUUUGCCCCCGUCUAGUCCGCAUCGUCAAGGAAUCCGGUCUUGUCUGCGUCUCCUACGGCAUGCUGAACAACGACGGUGUCAACGUUGACUACCAAGUCGCAGAAGGCAUCGAUGCUGUUAUUGUCGACUCCGUCCUUGGAAUCACAAACGGCCUUAUCCAGCGCCAGAACAAGGGCGAGCGCACCCCGGGCCCUUCGCCGAACCCCACCCCUGUGGGUGACAAGGGCGGCGCCAUCAGGGUUCCGGUCCUCGAGCAAGCGAAGAAAAACACCGCUGACUCGAGACUGAACCCUACCUCUAUUCUUUGA